AUGAACCUGACAGCCGAAAACCACCGUGUUCCGCUGAGCGACGGGAACAGCAUCCCGCUGUUGGGGCUGGGCACUUACGCCGACCCCAAAAAAACUCCCAAAGGUUCCUGUUUGGAGUCAGUGAAGAUUGCCAUUGAUGCUGGUUACCGCCAUAUUGAUGGUGCCUUCGUCUAUUACAAUGAGCAUGAAGUGGGACAAGCCAUCCGGGAGAAGAUUGCUGAAGGAAAGAUCAAGCGAGAAGACAUUUUUUACUGUGGAAAGCUGUGGAAUACCUGCCAUCCCCCGGAACUGGUGCGUCCCACUCUGGAGAAAACCCUGAAGAUCCUGCAGCUGGACUAUGUUGACCUCUACAUUAUUGAGCUGCCAAUGGCUUUCAAGCCUGGAGAUGCAAUCUACCCAAGAGAUGAAAAUGGAAAAAUGAUCUACCAUGAGACAGACUUAUGUGCCACUUGGGAGGCUAUGGAAAAAUGUAAAGAUGCAGGCUUGGCAAAGUCUAUUGGAGUAUCCAAUUUCAACCGCAGGCAGCUGGAGAUGAUCCUGAACAAGCCAGGACUUAAGUACAAACCCGUCAGCAACCAGGUCGAAUGCCAUCCUUAUUUCACUCAACCCAAACUCUUAGAAUUUUGCAGACAACAUGACAUUGUUAUUGUUGGGUACAGCCCACUAGGAACUUCAAGGGAUGAAACAUGGGUAAAUGUAUCCUCCCCUCCGUUACUGAAGGAUCCCGUGCUGAAUGCCAUUGGGAAAAAGUACAAUAAGACAGCUGCACAGAUUGCUCUGCGUUUCAACGUCCAGCGGGGGGUGGUGGUCAUCCCAAAAAGCUUUAAUGCACAACGCAUCAGAGAGAAUUUCCAGAUCUUUGACUUCUCCCUCACUGAGAAAGAGAUGAAAGAAAUUGAAGCCCUGAACAAAAAUGUUCGUUAUGUGGAACUGCUAAUGUGGCGUGACCAUCCAGAGUAUCCCUUCAGCGAUGAGUACUGA